UCUGGUUUAGUAUUAAAAUCCUUUUCAAAAGCGUCAGAGUUUGGUACCCUAAGGUUGGACAGAAGAAACAGGAACAGCAGGCUAGGCUGAGCACCUGCCCAAGAUGCUCCUUCUCCGCAGCUCGCAGAUGUUGCAGACCCUGGAGGGAGCCUUGAGGAAGGGCAUUCCUGAGUCUUUGAAGAUUUAUGGCACCAUUUUCCAUAUGAACCGUGGGAACCCAUUCAAGCUGGAGGCAUUGGUAGACAGGUGGCCAGAUUUUAGAACUGUCAUCGUCCGGCCUCCAGAGCAGGACAUGACAGAUGAUUUAGAUCACUAUACCAACACCUACCAAGUUUUUUCCAAGGAUUUCCAGAAUUGUCAGGAAAUCCUCAAGUCUUCAGAUGUCAUCAACUGGAAGCAACACCUGCAGAUUCAAGGUUUACAGUCUGACUUAAACGAGGUGAUAAAUAAUGUUGCAGAGGAAAAAUCAGUCCAGGUCACGGCGACACACCGAUAUCUCUAUUUGAUUUCUGAAACAAUGAAAAAACAUGCACCUUCUCAGCAAAAUUUGGAUCAAUUAUAUACCAAAACUGAAAAACCAAAAACAAAAGUCAACACAGAGAUAUAUAAGAUGUCCUCACUGGAACCUCAGCAUGCAUCAUUAGUAAAUGACCUCUGGAGCUUUGGGGGAAACGAGAGGAGCCUGAAAUUCAUCCAGCGUUGUAUCCAGCACUUCCCCAGCUACUGCCUGCUGGGGCCAGAGGGGACACCAGUGUCCUGGAACCUAAUGGACCAGACGGGAGAAUUGAGGAUGGCAGGAACCCUGCCCGAGUAUCGAAGGCAGGGCCUAAUUUCCCAUAUCAUCUACCAGCAUAUCCAGGAUAUGGACAAAAAGGACUAUCCUAUGUACUCCCACAUUGCUAAGGACAACCUCCACAUGCAGCAGAUGAUCCACAGCUUGAAGCUGAUUUGUGCCACCUACUACUGGCAACAGUGGAACUGUGAGCCUCUCAGGAGGUCUGCAACCGAGGACAGUGAAAGUCAAAGCAAGAGGGAGGGUGGCAGUGGGGGCAGGGCAUAGUCUUCUUCUCCAGAGGAAUCUGGGAUUGUGGAGGGAUGGAUGGAUGGAGUGUUAAGUAUAUGUAACUGAUGGGCCUCUCAUUGUAGAGUAUCAAGCUUAAGUAGGACACACUGAUUUCCUUGUAUAAAUCUCAUCAUGAUAUCAAGA